AUUUGCUUAAACCAGACUACAGGACCAACCUCUGAACUUUUAUCACGGGCCGACGGAGUAUAUUGAAAUUCUCAUACCGUCUUUCGAACGACAUCUGAAGAUCGAGUCCUAUCAUUAACAAUGUCGUCCCUCUUUCGUCCCACUUCACUCCGGGGAAAAUUCUCCUUCCCAUCCAUUCCUACACCCCACAAUCCCAUCCCAUCACUUCCAACACUCUCAACCCAUUUCCCUCAAACUCGUCCAUCCUCUUCAAUCCCACGUAUCUCUCAACUUCCCCCUGACCAUACUCUACUCCCUUAUCGUCCCAUACCUCGUCGAGAAGAUUUCCAAUCCCAUUUCCCCGAUUCUCCCAUACAUAAAAUAUACAAUGACCCACCAUUAUUCCGUGAACCCGAUACGAAACCCAGAACGAUUGAUACGCAAGAUUCGGCUGAAAGACAAGGUGUUUUGAGUGCUAUUACUGGAUUAAGUUUAAAAGAGUUAGGGGAAUUGAAAAGGACUCGAAUUGUUGGCAAGGCAGUGAAACAUAUGAAUAAAAAAGGUAGACAACCUGGUCAAUACGCUCUGGCUAUAGUUGGUUGUCCUAAACGUGGUUUGGUAGGUUUCGGUCAAGGUAGAGGAGAGAGGAAUCAGAAUGCUACGGAAGAAGCUAUGUAUGAGGCAACCCUCCGAAUGGAUCGCGUGAGCCGAUACGAGAACCGUACUUUUUGGGGCUCAGGACGAGAGUUGACUUCGAAAUUUGGAGCUACAAUUGUGAAAUUCCGUGCUCGGCCUGCUGGAUUCGGUCUAAUGGUCCCACGUACCAUCCACCCAAUCUUAACUGCAUGCGGUAUAUCAGACGCUUCCGCUACGAUAGAAGGUUCAAGAAACCCUAUGCACGUAGUUAAAGCUACUAUUCAACUUUUACAUGGUGGUUCUAAUCCUAUAAACCUCGGAGAUGGAGUAGUUGGGAAAGGUUCCAGAGGUGAUAAAGGUCAAGGAAUGAGAUCAAAAGAUGAGAUAGAGAGGGAAAGAGGAAGAUAUGGUGUUGAUAUUGGUCGAAGGGUCUAA